AUGAAAAACAAUGUAUUAGAUUGCAAGAAAAGCACUGAAUACACUAUAUUACUAUUAGUUGGGAAAUAAGAUUAAGAGAGGAAAUAUUAUGAUGAAUAUGAUAAAAUAAAAAAAUAGAAAAUGAUUCAGGAAAUAUGA